CGGGCAUGGAACUUAGGCGACAGUUCAUCAUUCAUGACCGGUUCCAUCGUUGAUCCUAUUGACGAACAAUGAUACAGAGGAAAACAUGGCCCGUUAUACAAGUCAGAAUUCGUUACUAUUUUUUAUCUGUAUGAGUAGUCUGUUUAUUGGCUGCUCUUACGAAGGUUCUUUCACAUUUACCACCAUUCGGUCUAAAUUUACAACCAUUCAAUCAUGUGUUGACCAGCUUACUGCCCCGGGAGAUGAAUGCAUUAUUCCCAGAGGGGGUUACCACGAGCGCGUGACUGUCACGAACAAACACGGUACCCCUGAAAAACCAAUUAUCAUAAGUGGAAUCGAGGACGAAUAUCCCAUCAUCGAUGGUACCGUUCAACUACAGCCUAAGGGAGGGUGGGUGAAAGAUGACAGUGGCGCUUUUAAGGCUGUCGUAGACCAAGAGAUCUGGCAGUUAUUUAUCGAUGGUGAGAUGAUGACAAAUGCUCGCUGGCCAAACGCACUGUGGUCCAACAAAACGGUAUUCAACGCCAGCUACUGGGCGAAGUCGUCCACCUUGUCCACACGAGGUGUUAUGGUGGAUGAUGGCUCAAAGGACUUGGCCGGAAGCGGUCUCAACGCGACGGGUGCUAUGGCAGUUCUUAACAUUGGGAGUUUUAAUACCUUCACAGCCGUAGUUCAAAGUCACAAUCCCGGGAAUGCAUCAUUCACUUACAGGGACACAUUUGGUCGCAUCAAGUUCUUUCCUGGAGCCAAUCAAUAUUUUCUUGAAGACAAGCUGGAAUUUCUUGACCAACCCGAGGAGUGGUUUUACGACAAAGCCUCUAGAACAGUAUUUGUAAUGACGGGAGAUGGUAAAUCCCCUGAGGGACGUGACGUCAGAGGUAAAGUGAUGACGUACGCAUUUAACAUUACCAAUUGUAGUCACGUGGUUUUCCAAACGCUGAAGUUCUUUGGAACAACGCUGUGGGCCUCAACAAUAGAUGAAGAGAAUACAGUGAAUAACUUGACUUUCCACUCAAUCAUCUUCAACUACCCGUCGUAUACGCGACGAAUGCUUGGCGACACUGCUCCAGCUGAAUGGACUAAAAUGAACGCGAAUACAAAGAAAAUUACUUUAAAUACUUUGACGGUUUUCAACAACACUUUCUUGGGUACCGAUGGUGCUGCCUUAGAGUUUAGCGGUUUGGAUGUGACUCUGGAAAACAACUUGUUCGAGUACAACGACUGGACUGCAGCAAACAUGGUUUACAGGAGUGGAGGGCUCGGCACAGUUAUUUCUAAUGGGAUUGGCGACAUUUUUGUGAGAAACACCUUGCGGUACAACGGAGCCAGCAGUGGCAUAAGACCUGGUCUGCGGCCCACAGUGCGGCUUAAUCAUUUGCACCAUCAAUGCUGGGGUAUUAUACAGCAUGACGGCAGCCACGUUCAAUUACAAAUCAAAUCGCAAACGCAUGCAAUUCUGCAGCAAAACUGGGUGCAUUCUAGUGUUAAGUACGGUGUGAGAUUUGACGGACAACCCCCUCUGCCGGUUGGACGUAAUGGAACAAUGCACAGUAAAGUGGUAUGGAAAUGUAACGGUAUGAUGGUAAAAGGAGACAAUCACACAGUGCAGCAGAACCUUGUGUUUGAUAAAAGAAACGAAAAAGACGGUGACCACCAAGGUGAUAAAUGUUCCUUGUGUGUUUUACGUUAUGUUCGCGAAAACCCUGUGCCGAUCAACAACGGAACUGUAGUCAUGUUUAACGCAGCUGAUAAGGCAAACGGUGGCAAACACGGAGGAGAGUUGUACCCUUUGGCCGGGAGUGUUGUGAAGUUCAACGUAAUUGGAAAUGUUAGAGAUCAACUGGUCGAUCCGGAUAACUUCGACUUUCGGCCUUUAUCCAAUUCCACGUACAUAGGGCACAAUGUUGGACCGUACAGCUAUCACCCCGAGUUGACAAACUACUGGAUACCGGGACGGCAGCUAUUCAAAGCUAGUACGCCUGUCCCCCCUGACCAUAGUGUGAAGAUAAGACCAGAUCGGAGGGACACUCUUAUGUGGCUGAAUGGAUACGGAACGUCUGUUCAUCGUGUUUAUUUUGGAACUGAUAAGGAGAGGGUUAACAGCGCUUCACUUUACUCGCCCGAGUACCUUGGAUCGGUUGUAGAUGGUGGGAAUGUACUACAUCUGAGGACAACUCUGGAGCCUCUGACCAAAUACUUCUGGCGCGUAGAUUCUGUAGUAAAGUCGACUUUGGUAUAUCGAGGUGACGUGUGGUUUUUCAAAACAAGCAGAAGUAGCCUUGUGGCCGUGUCAGAAAGUAAAGGAAACAACUGGCGCUCACGAUAUAGUUUCACUUCAAUUGUUACCAUUGUAACAGCACUGAAGCUGACUGAUUAUUAGCAGGUUAGAUGUUAGGAGUCUUUUUUGUGAGAUUUUUUUUGAAGCGAUGGAGCAAUCUUUGUAUGACCUUUCAGCUCGACUCGUUAGAUUUUUUUGUAUGUUUUCUCUUUCAAUAUAGACAAGUAAAUAGAUGGAUGAUGAAAAUUCGGGAGAUUAUCAAAUGAAGAUAUUUAUAGAUCGAAAGAAAAUAAGUAAAGAGGUGUACGAUUGUAUGACUGUAUGAAUGUCUCUCAGAUCUUGAUGCGACUGGCAAACCUGGAAAUAUCACAAAUUUUACUAUAGCGAUGUCAUUUCAUUAUUGAUUUCAAAAGAAAUUGUAAAUAAGGGUAUUUCGUAUUCCUUUCCCCGCAGUAAUAGUUUGUUCUUUGUAUGGGGUUUUCUAUGUUAGCUGGUCAGCCACAUCGUCAUAAGUUAUCCAUAAAACAGACCACAAGGAAUUUACGAUUGACUGAGGACCUAGGCGUGACCAUUUUCGAAACUUGUCACCGCCUCAAGGAAAUUUUCUUGCUGCUAAAGAUAUAUACGCCGUUGCAUUCUAAAUCGUUGAUUCCCCCUGAAUUGUGAACUACGAGUGUGGAAUGUGACAGUUCGAUAAUUUGAGUUUUUUCGCCUUAAGUAAACAAACAAGACAAAACUAUGAUUAAAAGAAUUAUUCUUCAGUUAAAGGAGUUGUGUUUGAGGAUUAAUUUUUAUU